CCAGAGAGACCCUGUCCUCACAGCCUUACGUGACAGUCGCCUCCCAUCUCAUAAAGCACUUUUCCUGUUGUUUUUCGGGGUUCACCUCCCACUGGCGAGGCCUUGGGGCCGGGGUGCCCACAUUCGAGGAAAGGGACGGGGACAGGGAUUGCUCAGGCUCGCGCGGCACGUCCGCAAGGCCAGAGGCUGAUGCUCGCGGACUUGGGGCCCCAAGUUCAGAUCUUUUUACCAAAUGUCUCCCCCACUCAGUCUCAUGACUUUAUCAGUGAAACGGGGUGAUCAUUCCUUGCGCGUAGGGGCGCUGUGAGGGUCCCCUUCUCAUCCGCUUGGUGUUGGGCUCCUGGUGUGUGGCAGGCGCUGAGCCGGGGAAGUUUGAGCGCCCCGAGGUGCCGCACCCACGGUGGGGCCCCGGCCAGAGGGAGCUGCCCCCCGGGGCCAGAAUCGGGGUCAGGGUGCAGGCUCCCCGCCUUCACGUGGGGAGAACGAUGGCCUGGGCCUGUGACGGAGUGAGAUGUGGGACAUGCUUAGAGCACGUGUGAUCCGUAGUGAACAGCGAGGGAACCCCGACCACCCCAUAGGUUCCUUAGCUUAAAUGGGAUGAUGGAUGACAAAGCACUUUACAGAGGCGAACACUGUUCCCGAGAGAGGACGGGGCAGCUUGUGGGGAACUAGAUCCGUUCACUGAGCACUUAGAGCCAGGCCCGGGGGCACCAGUCACCGCGAUCCGGUGUAGAUGGAGUCUUGCUUGACGCCGAGCACCUGCCAGUCCCCCAUGGCCCCGUGGAGCCGAGAGGCGGUGUUGAGUCUCUACCGGGCUCUGCUGCGCCAGGGCCGAGAGCUUCGCUACACGGACCGGGACUUCUAUCUCGCUUCCAUCCGCCGUGAGUUCCGGAAAAAUCAGAAGCUAGAGGAUCCUGAGGCCCGGGAGAGGCAGCUGGAGAAGGGCCUGGUCUUCCUCCAGCGCAGACUGGGGGGCAUUAUUUAG